GCGCGAAGUCUUGUUACUUACUUCCUACACGGUACCCAGUCCUUGGCGGAACUAGGCGGCCCCGCGACGACGUACAAGAUGCCGACAGGAUCACACUCUGGAUCAAAUUCAGGCUCAAGCACGUCCACCGACGACUACGAUGUUGACAGUGAGUUCUCGUCGGGGAUCGACGUGAUGGAGGGAUAUUUGGUGAAAGAUCUCGACAGCGGCCGAUCUUACCGCGUGGAGGAGAUCGACCAACACUACAGCCUCAUGACACUGGACAGUGCGAAAGACCAACUCAAUCAAACGGAAGACCUGUUGAUGCUCUACUCGGCCGACGCCACGACUGACGUCGAAAUCGAACCACCGACAUCCAAUCCAGACAAGGAAGAAGACCAAGCAGCCGAACUUAUGGAUGAAGUGAAAGAGCGGACGACGAAAUUGCUGCCUUGUUCUUUUGCUCGUUGCACAACGCAGCACACCCGAAAGUCGGGGUACUGUCCCGUCCAUGAGGUUCAAGCGAAAGAAGAAGAAGAUUCUCGCGCCCAAGCCGUCUACUUAAUCCCCGUCGGUAAGGAAGCAAGUUUUGUUCGCAUCAAAGGCCACGCCUUCGUCGAAGACGCGAUGGCGCGCCUGUACACUAUCUACAUCAUUGAAAUGACAUGCGCGGAGCAUCAAUGGUGUGUCUAUCGGCGGUAUCGCGACUUCACGGCCCUCUACGACCAACUCAAGGCAAAAAAAAUUGGGUUAAAGUUGCCGCCGCUGCCUCCAAAGAAGAUCAUCGGUUCGUUCGAGCCCGACUUUAUCUCCAAGCGACAAACCGACCUCGGCAUUUGGAUCGAUAACCUAUUGACCCAAGAUCCGUCGUCCGUGCCGCCUCAAACUUGCGAAGACAUCAUUCGGUUCCUCACGUGGAAAGCCGACCAGCCCCCCUUCCUCGUUGAGCAACCGAGCGCGUUUCUGAACUCUAAUUCCAAUGAGCCCCGCGUAACACUCCAAGACUUCAAAAUGAUCCAAGUGAUUGGCCGUGGCUCGUUUGGCAAAGUCGUGCUGGUGGGGCACCAAGCGACCAAGAAGCUCUACGCAAUGAAGAUGCUCAACAAAGCUAAUAUCGUCAAGCGCAAACAAGUAGAGCACACUCGAACUGAGCGCCGUGUUCUGGGGUACACCAAGCAUCCAUUCAUUGUCGGCCUCCAUUACGCUUUCCAGACCCCCCAGCGCCUCUAUUUUGUGCUCGACUAUUGCCCCGGCGGGGAACUCUUUUACCACUUGACACGGAUGAAGAAGCUACCGGAACACAUGGCGUGCUACUAUGCGGCCGAGAUCACUCUGGCGCUGGAACACUUGCACAGCCUUGGAGUCGUUUACCGAGACUUGAAGCCCGAGAACAUCCUCCUGACCAAGGAAGGCCAUGUCAAAUUGGCGGACUUUGGGUUAGCCAAAGAGGGAAUUACAGACGGAGUCAACGGUACGAAUUCGUUGUGCGGGACGCCAGAGUACUUGCCCCCAGAGAUACUUGAUCGACUCGGCCAUGGCACAGCCGUAGACUGGUGGAAUUUGGGCAUGGUGCUGUUUGAAAUGCUCACGGGAUUGCCUCCAUGGUACACGAACGACCGCCAAAAGUUGUUUGACCGUCUCCGAUCCGCCCGUCUGCACUUUCCACCGUACGUGUCGCACAAAGCUGAGAGCUUGAUCCGAGCGCUGUUGAAUCGCAAUCCGUCCGAACGACUCGGCGCACGUGGUGCAAACGAAGUGAAGGCGCAUCCGUUUUUCGAAACGAUCGACUGGCCGGCUUUGCUUGCUUUAAAAAUGCCGCCGCCAUUCCGGCCGUGCCGCACAACCGCCAAUGAAGAAACGCCACUCAACUUUGAAGCCGAAUUCACUCGACUGCCGCUCCCAAGCGUAGAGAUUCUCGAAAAACCGCAGCGAGAUCGCACGACGUCCGACACGUUUUCAGGAUUUGCGUACGAGUGCCCUGACAUGGACUCGGUCGCGACUUAAGAACUGACUCUUUUAAUAUUGAGUGGCGUAUAAAUAUUAGUUGUGC